GUCAACUCCUCAUCCUCCCUUGUCCAAUGCCAUCCUCUCCCUGUCUCCCUGCCAAGCGGAAAAAGAAAGAAACAACAUGGCCGCCACGCUCAGCCUUCUGAAACUUGGCUCGCCCAAAAAUCCACUCUGCAACCCCCGAAAUAUCCCAUGUCUCCCCAGCCCACCAAAAUUAACCAUCCCCACACGCCCACUUCACCCAAAAUUACUCCUCCAAGAGACCAUCCGCAGUUUAGAAUCAGCUUCAGUUCCCCUCACAGCCCUCGCAUUUCCCUUCUUUCUAGAUCCCAAGGAUGCGGUGGCUGUUGGUGGAGAAUUUGGGUUGUUGGAGGGACGGACACUGGCUCUCAUACAUCCCUUUGUGAUGGGGUGUUUGUUCUUCUACACGUUGUGGGCUGGGUACCUCGGUUGGCAAUGGCGCAGGGUUAGGACAAUACAGAGUGAGAUUAACGAGCUUAAGAAGCAGGUUAAGCCUGUUCCAGUCUCGCCAGAAGGGUCUCCAGUUGCUGAAGCUGCUCCCUCCCCCAUAGAAGCUAAAAUCCAGCAGCUCACGGAGGAGAGAAAGGAGCUGGUUAAAGGGUCCUUCAGGGACAGGCACUUCAAUGCAGGUUCAAUAUUGUUAGCAUUUGGAGUGUUUGAGGCAAUUGGUGGUGGAGUCAACACAUGGUUCAGGACAGGAAAGCUGUUCCCAGGGCCUCAUUUAUUUGCAGGAGCAGCUUUGGGAUUCUUCUGCCGACAGGAAUUACAGUGCUAUGGGCAGCGGCAGCGGCUCUCGUGCCUGCAAUGCAGAAAGGGAGUGAGACAGCUAGAAAUCUUCACAUUGCAUUGAAUGCAUUAAACGUUCUGCUCUUCAUAUGGCAGAUACCAACUGGAAUUGAUAUAGUUUUUAAAGUGUUUGAAUUCACUACGUGGCCUUGAAUUGCAAACAAUGUUUUAGAGUGAGCCUGUUCUCUCUUCUAAGCUCAUUUGGGUUUUCUGCAUUCUGAUGGUUGUAUUUUACUUGCUUUUCAAACUUCAAUCUUUCCUUCUCCAUUUCCUCAUUUAUUCUUUGUAGCCUUUACAAGCAAAGAUCUUCUGUCAAGUACGCCAAAACACUUCAACUGCAACGAAUAUUUGGAAGUUUGCAGACA